ACAAGAAACGGAGCAGGACUCCGCCUCUUUAUUAUCUAUAAAUAUCCCAAACCCCACAUUCAGAUCCCCAUACACUACUACUUCCUUUCGUCUUCAGAUUUUGUUUUUCCUCUGCAACAGAACUCGAAACCAUGGCCAACCAGGCUGAAUCCUCCGAUUCUAAGGGAACGAAGAGGGAUUUCAGCACGGCGAUUCUGGAGCGCAAGAAGGCUCCGAAUCGGCUUGUUGUGGACGAGGCAAACAACGAUGACAACUCCGUUGUCGCGCUUCACCCCGACACCAUGGAGAAACUCCAGCUCUUCCGCGGAGACACGAUCUUGAUCAAGGGGAAGAAAAGGAAAGAUACUAUCUGCAUUGCUCUUGCUGAUGACACAUGUGAUGAACCAAAGAUAAGGAUGAACAAGGUUGUAAGAAGCAACCUAAGGGUUAGGCUUGGAGAUGUUGUUUCUGUGCACCAGUGCGCAGAUGUCAAAUACGGAAAGCGCGUGCACAUUCUCCCUGUGGAUGACACCAUUGAAGGGGUCACUGGGAACCUCUUUGAUGCAUACUUGAAACCUUAUUUCCUGGAGGCGUACCGUCCAGUGAGGAAGGGUGAUCUAUUCCUUGUGAGAGGGGGAAUGAGAAGUGUAGAGUUCAAGGUUAUUGAGACUGACCCUUCAGAGUACUGUGUGGUUGCCCCAGACACUGAGAUCUUUUGUGAGGGAGAACCUGUGAGAAGGGAGGAUGAGAAUAGAUUAGAUGAAGUUGGUUAUGAUGAUGUUGGCGGUGUUAGGAAACAGAUGGCUCAGAUUCGUGAAUUAGUGGAAUUGCCCCUGAGGCAUCCACAGCUAUUUAAAUCGAUAGGUGUCAAGCCACCAAAAGGAAUUCUGUUGUAUGGACCCCCUGGAUCUGGGAAGACCCUAAUUGCCCGGGCUGUUGCCAAUGAAACUGGUGCCUUCUUUUUCUGUAUCAACGGACCAGAGAUCAUGUCAAAAUUGGCUGGGGAAAGUGAGAGCAAUCUCAGGAAAGCAUUUGAGGAAGCAGAGAAGAAUGCACCAUCCAUCAUCUUUAUUGAUGAGAUUGAUUCAAUUGCUCCCAAGCGAGAGAAGACACAUGGAGAGGUUGAGAGGAGGAUUGUUUCCCAGCUCUUGACACUUAUGGAUGGAUUGAAAUCUCGUGCACAUGUUAUUGUCAUUGGGGCUACGAAUCGUCCCAACAGCAUUGACCCUGCUUUGAGAAGGUUUGGAAGAUUCGACAGGGAAAUAGAUAUUGGUGUUCCGGAUGAGGUUGGGCGUCUUGAGGUUCUCCGUAUUCAUACAAAGAACAUGAAGCUUGCUGAAGAUGUUGAUUUGGAAAGAAUUGCAAAGGACACACACGGUUAUGUUGGUGCUGAUUUAGCUGCUCUAUGUACUGAGGCUGCACUUCAAUGUAUCAGAGAGAAGAUGGAUGUGAUCGACUUGGAAGAUGAGACAAUAGAUGCAGAGAUACUUAAUUCAAUGGCAGUUACAAAUGAGCACUUCCAGACUGCCCUUGGAACUAGCAAUCCAUCUGCUCUACGUGAGACUGUUGUUGAAGUGCCCAAUUGUAGUUGGGAAGAUAUUGGAGGUCUUGAGAAUGUUAAGAGGGAACUUCAAGAGACUGUUCAAUACCCAGUGGAGCAUCCUGAGAAAUUUGAGAAGUUUGGAAUGUCGCCAUCGAAGGGUGUUCUUUUCUAUGGCCCUCCUGGAUGUGGAAAAACUCUCCUGGCCAAAGCUAUCGCUAAUGAAUGUCAGGCAAACUUCAUCAGUGUCAAGGGUCCUGAGUUGCUUACAAUGUGGUUUGGAGAGAGUGAAGCCAAUGUUCGUGAAAUAUUCGACAAGGCUCGCCAGUCUGCUCCUUGUGUCCUAUUCUUUGAUGAACUUGACUCAAUUGCUACUCAGAGAGGUAGCAGUGUUGGAGAUGCUGGGGGUGCUGCUGAUAGAGUUUUGAACCAACUCUUGACUGAAAUGGAUGGCAUGUCUGCAAAGAAAACUGUUUUCAUCAUUGGGGCCACCAACAGACCAGACAUUAUAGACCCUGCACUUCUGCGUCCAGGACGUCUUGAUCAGUUGAUCUACAUCCCUCUCCCUGACGAGGAUUCCCGCCACCAGAUAUUCAAGGCUUGCUUGAGGAAGUCUCCAGUCUCCAAAGAUGUUGAUCUCAGAGCCCUUGCCAAGUACACUCAAGGCUUUAGCGGUGCUGACAUUACAGAGAUAUGCCAACGCUCAUGCAAAUAUGCCAUAAGAGAGAACAUUGAGAAAGAUAUUGAGAGAGAAAGGAGGAGAAGGGACAAUCCUGAGGCAAUGGAGGAGGAUAUUGAUGAUGAUGUGGCAGAGAUCAAGGCAGCCCAUUUCGAGGAAUCGAUGAAGUAUGCUCGGAGAAGUGUGAGUGAUGCCGACAUCCGCAAAUACCAGGCAUUUGCUCAAACAUUGCAGCAGUCGAGAGGAUUUGGAACCGAGUUUAGGUUUGCUGAUAACCCUUCUGGGGCUGCUCCAUCUGAUCCUUUUGCACCUUCUGCUGGCCCGGCAGACGAAGAUGACCUUUACAGUUAGUUUUUUGUUUUUUUGUUUUUUUUUAUCAUGUGUGUUGGCCUUAUUUAUGUUUGAAUAUGUAUUUUGUAAGUCACUAUUAAUGUGGUGAAAGCUCUUAUUGAAUUUUGCCCUUGUCCAUUGAGGCCUUGGGUUUUGCCAGCGGAUGACCGACCCCCUCUGGCUACACUGAAAGUUUAAACAACAGUUUAUUAUUUUGAUGGUUAUAAUGGAUAAAUUCCAGACUUUACAAGUGA